CCCCCCACCCCACCACCACCAACACCCUCCAAGCCAACUCUGACCAUGGAAGGCUGGGAGUGUGGAUGACCUUCUGCCCGCUGACCAGUGGGGGUUUGGGGGUGACCAGCUUGGACUUUGCUAGGUCUUGAGCCUCGAGUUGACCCUGGCCGUUCUUGGGCCCUGACCUUCAGAUGUUCUGGGCUCCACCAUCAUUGGAGCUCUCCCUUUUCCACAGUGAAGAUUGAAGAUCGAGGGUGGGGGAGACCAGAUCUAGGAGGUCCACGUGUCGGUCAAGACUGCCCCAGACCCCAGGUUGGAGCUGAGGAACCAUCAUCUCCAGUUGAGUGGUCUUCCAUCGAUAGUCCAUAGUCCACCCCUAGCCUGGCAUUCUCCCCCCUCCCUCCUCACCCCCCAUCUCCCCCCAACGGACGUCCAGCACCGACCGCCCUUCAGUGCCCGCCCGCCCGCCGUGAAGGCGAUGCUGGGGCGAGAUGUCGGGCGACGGAGAGGAAGAUAUUUGCAGGAACGCGCUGGCUCUGGUCGAUGAGUUGUGCUUCGGGCUCAGGGGCCACCACAGCAACGAGAAGUGCAUCGAGUUCUCCUACCUCCUGCGUGACCGAGAUCGCACGCGGCACAUCGAGACGGACAUCUCGGUCAGCUUGCUGUCGGUCAUUGUCACCUUCUGUGGCAUCGUGCUGCUGGGAGUGUCGCUAUUCGUCUCGUGGAAGUUGUGCUGGAUCCCAUGGCGGGACAAGGGCCUGAACCCACCGCGCAAGGACUCGCUCCACCACCAGCACCAGCACCACCAGCCCCUCCACCACCACCUCCACCACCACCACUCCCACUUCACCGACCUGGCCGUGGAGAGAGUGGACAGUGGCCCCGAGAUGCCCGAACGCAGCUACCUGGACCUCGAGUCCUACCCUGAGUCCAGCAUCAAGGUCAGCCAGACCUCUCCGGACAUCCCUGUGGACACCAGCGCAGGGAGCAAGGAGAACAGCCUGCCCAACGCUCACUCCCAGCAACAGGUCUCCGUACAGACUCCAGCCACAAGGUUUAACUCACUGCCGAGGCCCAUCCCACAGCAGCUGAGCAGCCCGGAUUUUGUCACUCAGGCCGAGGAGAAAGUGGAGCAGGUGACCAGCAUCGGCCAGAUCAAGCCCGAGUUGUACAAGCAGCGAUCGAUCGAUGCCGAGGCCAAGAAGCACCAGAAGGUCAACUGCGGGAGGAUCAACUUCCUCCUGCGUUACACCUACGCCACGGAGCAACUGGUGGUCAAGAUCCUCAAGGCCCUCGACCUGCCCGCCAAAGAUGCCAACGGGUUCUCCGACCCCUACGUGAAGAUCUACCUGCUGCCCGAUCGCAAGAAGAAGUUCCAGACCAAGGUCCACCGCAAGACCCUGAACCCCAUCUUCAACGAGAUCUUCCAGUUCAGCGUCCCCUUCAACGAGCUCCAGAACCGCAAGCUACACUUCAGCGUCUAUGACUUUGACCGCUUCUCGCGCCAUGACCUCAUCGGCCAGGUGGUCUUGGACAACCUGCUGGAGUUCUCCGACUUCACUGAGGACACCACCCUGUGGAGAGACAUCCUGGAGGCCACCUCUGAGAGGGCCGACCUGGGUGAGAUCAACUACUCGCUGUGCUACCUACCGACCGCUGGCCGUCUCACCAUCACCAUCAUCAAAGCCACCAACCUCAAGGCCAUGGACCUGACCGGAUUUUCAGACCCGUACGUCAAGGCCUCGCUGAUCUGCGAAGGAAGACGUCUGAAGAAGAGGAAGACCUCGAUAAAGAAGAAUACUCUGAACCCGGUGUACAACGAGGCCUUGGUCUUCGAUAUCCCCAACGAGAACAUGGACCAGGUCAACGUCAUCAUCGCAGUCAUGGACUACGACUGCAUUGGCCACAAUGAGGUGAUCGGGAUGUGCCGGGUUGGGAACGCCGCUGACGGUCCGGGCCGGGAACACUGGAACGAGAUGCUGGCAAACCCGCGCAAACCCAUUGAGCAGUGGCACCAGCUGAUUGAG